AUCAAAAUCUGUAUUCAUUGGCAAAUUUGUCGCUUGGUAGAUGACAACAGCGACUAGAUGUCUCGACUUAGCACUUACGCGCGCAUCGCGCCUGUGUUUGACGAGCGAGAAGCAACAUGCCAGAUCGAAGUUCAAUCAGCAGCCCCAGAUGCACACUGGCUCAGCCUUGAGAUACCGACCGUAAUACCAGGAGGUAUGGCAUUAGUUAUCGAAUAUGUUGGUCGUGGUGGGAUCCAGAAUAUGACUAGAUGUAACUACAUCAAGCACAAGAACGAUGUUGAGCUCUACCUCCACCUAGUAGUAUGCAAAUGUAUAAGAAUGAACAGCAAAUAUUGUUCAAUACAUGACGUACAGGUGGUGGCUCCUCUUCGUCCUCGUAUCACGGAGAAAAUGAUAGCCAGUAUGGAUGCGAGUCAACGGCGUCGUAUCGAGGACUUUUCAAUGCGGAAAUUUUCACGCCAGAAGCGGAACAGGAGGAAAUCUUCGAAGAGUUCACGGACUACCUCGACUCUCUUCUCUCGGGUGUCAGUGGCUGCAUCUUUGCCUAUGGCCAAACCGGCACCGGCAAGACGUAUACCGUUUAUGGCGGAUCCAAGUACCGAGAACGGGGACUGUUACCACGCCUUGUAUGCGCACUAUUCAAGAAGUUACGCGAGAAACGAGCAGCGCGGCUCCGACAAGAUGAACAAUUAUCCACUGCGCAUAGUACCAGUGGUGGUGCGGCGGAACAUCAAGGUGGAGGAAGCGCCAGCAGUCGAGAACCAGGACGAGGAGGAAACAGUACCCCUUCUAGUACCAUCCCCGGUCGCCACGGGGACUAUCGUUAUGCGGUAUCCGUUAAGGGUUUAGAGGUCUACAACGAUGCGGGUUACGACCUUUUAGCCUCGGCUCACCAGGACUCAGACGGACACGGAGGUGCUCUGCGCUUAGAUCGCUUUCAAUCACAGCCAGACCUAGCAGAGCGCCUCUGUGAAACUGAGCGCGAUGCGCUUGACUGCGUUUUCCUCGCGGCCUUAAAUCGGAGUGAUGCGCGCACUCGGACGAACGCAAAUAGCAGCCGAAGUCAUGCGAUUUUCACUGUCUUAUGCUUCUUGAUUUGAAUUUAGUUACAACUCUUACUUGUUCCACUUGUUGGACUUGGUGUUGUAACGAGAGAAUAUGAUCCUUCUUAGAUGAAGGUGGGUCUAUGAUUGUGAAGAUAGGUAAAAAUAUCAGCAUGUGAUGAUGAUCUUCAUGUACUGAAACAGAUGAUCGGUGCGACUUCUAAAAAGUGUCCUAGAACAGUGGGAGGGCGACACCUACUCCAAUGCGAAGCUGCAUCUAGUGGACUUGGCGGGUUCGGAACGCGCACAUAAAAGCUCUUCGUCCUCCAGUGGCGCGGUCGAGCUCAAGGGCGAGAGCGAACGAAAGUCUGAGGCCCGCGCGAUCAAUAAGAGCUUGCAUUUUCUGGAGCAGGUUGUGAUAGCGAUCCAGCAGAGAAGCGGGCGAGCGUUUGUGCCUUUUCGCAACUCGCUAAUGACUUUUCUGCUGAAAGACGCACUUCUAGGACACUGUCGAACGAGUUUGAUUGCAACGUUGUCUCCAUUAUUGAAGAAUGCGCAAGAGUCUUUAUCGACCCUGCGCUUCGCGCAGCGCUGUAGCAGCGUUUUGCUGCAGAACGAGCCCAGCCCGCACUUGGCCGUGGAUUACCGCCAACGCGCCAAGACUUUAGAGGAGGAGAACCGGCGGCUGGCGGCUCGCGUGCGCAUGCUCGAGACACAGGUGCUUUCUGCGCAGAAGGUUUCUCGCACGACUUCCGGUGAAGAUGUAAGAGUAGACGGUGAGCAUGAGGGGCAUCGCUGGCAUGUUGUUGACCAAGAGCAUUUUCCAUCUGCAGACGACGAUCAUUAUGGUCGUGAACACGGCUCCUCCGCAGCUCGAAAUGAAGGACGCGAUGAGAGGGACUCGAGGAUGCAGCGUGCUGAACGGUCUGCUUCUCCAGGAGAUGCACAAACGGCGCGAUCGUCGUCGGUCGAGUCGUCUCGUGUGGGUGGCCAUUCGCGGAGAUCUAGCAGAGCCUCUUCUAGCAGAGGCGCGAAAAAUCAUCGGUCUUCGAGACCUAGAAAAGCCGGGUGCACUUCAGAGGAGGUGACGACUGCCAUGGUAGAUCUUACUGCUGCAAGCGAAUCGGAAGAUGAAUCCGAGGAUGAAAUACUUCAUGCUCAGCCUGGUAAGGUUCGAGAUCCAUCUGGCAGUGCUGGUGACACAUUAACCGCUAAUUCGCAGAGAGAUACAGAAGAAAGGCAGGAGCAGGGAGCUUCUUCUUCGACCGCGUCAGCCUCUUCUUCCUCGGCCGAUAAUAGGAGCGCCGGUGUUGUAAUUGGGCGGACGUCAUCUGUGAGCACUCCAGGGACUCUCACACCGCGUUUACAGACGACCUUGACCUACCCGAUGAGUGCACGGAACUCCGUCGUGCCGCCGGGCGUGACGGCACGAGCCGCCCUCUUGACUCCACGUGGCGCCUCUUUAUACAGCGGCCCGCAAACACCAACAGCUGCGGCUGGUGCUCCGGCUUUUGGUCUGAAUUUCUCGUUGAUGAAUCAAAUCAUUAACUCCGCGCAGCAGGCUUCUGUGGUGCAAGGCGGGCGGUCGCAGUCUGUCCCGCGACCCUCGACGUUGAGCGCUGCAUCCCCGCCUUUUGCAUCUGCAAACUCACCAGCCGCAAGCACGACAAUUCACGCGCUCACACUCCGACAUCUGGGCUUCGCGGAAACAGGACGCAGGGUGGAUGCGCUCCUAGACGAAAGGUUCUCCUCGGUCGGUACUUUGAUUUCCAAGGUCAUGGCCGCGUAUGAAAGCGAGACCACAGCAGGGAACGUUGAAGGCCAGGCGCAAGUGGGCGUAGUCAAAUCAGGAGGAGACGACGGGAGAAUGGAGCAAGGAUUUGCGCACGCGAUCUCUACAACUGGAAAAAAUAGCGGGACAGACGUAGCAGCUGCUACCGGCGAUUUGAAGGCAGGAACGCAAGAUGCAAUCUGGACUGAAAAAACAAGAAGUGAAGGUGGAAAACAAUGUUCGGAGGACCGGAGCACUGACGAUGCAGGUGACGGGGUAUUCGAAAUCGGUUUGUCACUGUUCUGUAGCUCUCUCGCUAGUUCCUUUUGGGCGCGUGAUGAAUUAUGCUUAUGGUCCAGCUAACAUGAGUACAAAGAAAGUACAAAGGUCAUAAAUGCGUAAACUUAUCUAUCCAUCAGGGCGCAAGCAGUUCAAUUCGGGAAGACGCUGCUGCCCGUGGUGCAUCGACACCAAGAGGGACGACGUCGAGUUCUCGGCGUUACGUGCGGGUGUCGCCGAGCCGCGCUGCAACGGCUUGGAUUCAGAGUGUGAUGUCGAGGCACGGCGGGGAGAGUAUUACCAAUAGCACGGAGGAGCUGCAGCAACCUUGUUUCGGGGAUAAUUUUAAGCCAAAGAUACCAGCAAGGGCGCAGCGCUCGUUUGAGGUCACAGAAGGAGAUGGAGCUGCGGAAGUAAGUGGCACACCAAGAAGCGAACAGCUCGCUGUCGCUGAGGAUCAAAGGGCAUUGGAAGUUGAGCAGCAGCAGCAGCAUCGAAGUCGAGAAGACAGGUUCAGCCAGCAAUUUCGGCGUGUCGCGCAGCAGGCUCCGUCCACUGCCGGCAUGGCUUCUGACAUCGAAGAUAUUAACGUGGACAAACGAGACGCGUCACUGAAUGAUCUUGAUCACAGUGAGGUUCACCAGCCGUUCAAAACAAAGUCUGUGCUCAUCUCCUCGCGUGCCGUUCACGGGGCCAGAGGCCAGCACGCGUUGCCAAGUGGUGUUUUUCGAUCAACUUCAAGCAGUCCGUCUAAGAGGCAUGCGACUUCAGAUUUGGAUGCAGUUUAUGGUCCUCGCGGCAGCAAUAACAUCAUCUCUCCACAGACGAGCAGUCGCCGGAACAGCACUCGAACAAAUACGCGGAUGGUAGGGCCUGCUGUAGGUGGUCCAACAGGCGGUCGUACUAGCCGUCGCAAUUCUGCUUGUGAUCUCGUUCAGGUCGACCUAACGUCACCGAAGCGGGCCACGUCGCCUGACAAUUUCUCAAUCGCAGACGAACGUCGCUUUUUAGAUGAGUUGCACAAGCACUGGUACGGUAGCCGGACUGUAUCCCUUGGUAAAGAGGAGCAGUAGCUGUAUCUUUACCCUCCUAUUCCUACUCCUUUGGGAACAACAAGUCCUUUCGUGACGACUCGUGUGGGAAUCGAACUUUCACGCCCAUUUUCGUCUCACAUACUAGAGAAGUGCCUGCUACAAUGAAUUAGAGAUGCAGCAUUUGCUCAGUUUACAGGAUAGCUAAGUUGCAGAGCAGCUCCACUUACUCCUGUUGUAAAUUAACGCCGAGUACCGCAGAGCUUUUUGCCGCAGAAGAUAGAUCAGCUGACUCGCUAUGUCCAGACGUCUUGUAACAGUUUGCCGAAACUAAGUACUUACAACUGGAACUUCUAUCUAUAACAAGGAAAUACAAACACUUAAAUACUUAUACUUUUGAAUCAACUACAAACACAAACUAUCUAAUUGGGUAAAGUGGAAACUACAGAAUAUCUAUCAUGUAUUUGAAGAUUUCCAUUCAUCAGGAGAUACAACGAGGACCAGCACUUCUUGCAAACGCAAACGAAAAGAUUGCUACGAAAAGAGAAGAUGCGCAGGAAAAUAUAACGAUUCGCUGGAUGCAACAAGGAAAAAUGGAAAAGGAGGC